AUGGAGUUGCAGAAGAAAUAUGUUCAACAUGACAUCAUCGCUCUUCAGAAGUUGUCAGCAUUGGCUCGAGCGAUGAAUGCGACAGACAGAGAUCUGUCACCCGAGACAGAGAAAUUACUUCAUGCAGUGGUCCACAAUGAGAAUGAAGCCUAUGAACAGUAUUGUUUAUAUGCACACCAUAUUGGAUUUACUGUGUGGAAGGAACACAGUGGUUUCUGGCCGAAUUCAAAGAAGCUUAAGACAAAAAAAUUUAUUUGUGGUAAGGCUGGUUUCAAGAAAGAGUUGAAGGACACUAUUACUACGAGGUUCAAAAGAGCGGACACAAGGACUGGUUGUCCAACCAUGAUCCGAUACUUCGUUGAUUUAGAGGGCAACUGGUCGGUAAAGAAAUUCAUAGAAAGUCACAACCAUCCGUUGGCGGAGGACGGUGACAAGCAUCUAUUAGGUUCCAACAGAAAGAUGUGUGACGUCAGUGUUGAUAUCCUCAGAUCAAUGACAAAAUCAGGGAUUAGAACCAGUGAUGCAUUCAGAUUCCUCGCAACUGAGAUCGGCACCAGAACACGAGGCCAUGAACUUGCCGAGAAGCUAGUGUUGGAGGCAUUUAAUAAACUUAAAAUUGAUGUUGAAGCCGUUAUAAGUGGACGAGACCAGCCGAAAAAAGUCAAAAUCAAAGAAGAAGAAGACACCCAGUAA